AUUGGGCGGCACCAGGAGUUGGUGUAGUACCUUCUGUAAGCGUCAGAUGGAGAACAUGAGGCGGGUGUCUGCAGCUGCCUGUGGGCUGGGAGCGGCAGGAAGUUAGUCCGGCAUGAUCACUGGUAACGGCUGGUUCUGUCAUUGGAUGUCACUGUAGGAAGCGAUCACCAAUGACCAGUUUAUACGGUUGCAGGCUCUAGUGGGAUCGAACAAGAUGUUUGAAGAUCACUGACAACUGUAACUGUGGAAAUGGCCACAUCUGAGUCCAGUUCUCCGGAUUCCUCUUUAUCAAUUUCUUCACUCUUGGCCAGUUGCAGCCUUGAAAGCAGUAAAAACUCCUCUCGCUCAGUGAUUUCUGUUCAGUACAAGGACAAAUUGUAUAGUUCUGCAAGCAAAGCAUUGGAUGCAUAUAUCAAUGACUUUGAUGAAAGUCUUACGUCCCCAAAUGCCAGUACUGGAAAAAUUACAAUCCGCACAUCUGUGAUCCGCCAUCGAACUAAAAAGAAAGUGUCUAAAAAUUAUUCUGAAGUGACGAGGAGGAAUCACCUUUCUUCAACAAGGAAGCACGUGUCCAGUGACCCAGAUCUACUCAGCCUCACUACAGAUGACUUGCUGUCUUUUCCGUCAGACGGGUCCUUACCAUUGUCACAGUCCUACCACUAUGAGCAACGUUUUUUGGGAAAUGAGCGGAAAAGGCACGGACCACAUUCCAAUAUGCACACCCCUCUGCGGACGUUGCAACAAGCUGCAUCGCUAAACCAAAGGACUAAGCUUAAUUUUCAUAAAACGCCUGAGCAUAACGGUUUUACAGAUGCAUUAUACAGAGGAUCCAAAAAGGAGCACGCUCCUUAUAGAACUGAAAGAGAAAACAAACCUCUGUUUUACAGUCAGACAGAAGCUCCUUAUUCCUUGAAAGAAACUGCUACACAUGAUUUGUCAAAGUCCUAUCCAAGGUGGUUAACAAGCCACAAGUCAGAUUUGAGCAUGUCUGGUAUCACAAGUGUACCUGACGUUAAAUACCCUGUAUGGCUAAGAGACUAUGGCCUGCUGUCUGAUUCAGAUAGUAUUACAAAGUGUGAAACAUUCAAGUCCAAUAACCAUUGCAGUUUCCCACAAACCUCCCAUAAGCACGAGUCUUUGGGUCUGCAGUCCAAUACCCGCGUCCCAAACAUGCACAGUCAUGAAGAAAUAAAAAAACGUACAAAGAAGGGACAAACUUAUCACAGUGAUUUGGAUAUUUAUGAACAUUUAAGUAGUAAUGCCACUGACCUACUUCUUCAGAAACCAGAACACACACUUGACGUUUCAAGAAAAAAGAGCCAGAACCCUUUGAAAAAUAAUGUGAGUCCUCGGACUGAAGAUGUGCUUGGGGCAGAGAGAUCAUGGGAAAAACUUCCUUUUACACUUAAAUCUCCUGUCCCUGUUUUAUGUGAAGAGGAUCAAACUCUUGAAGCUUCUACAAAAUCAAAUCUGGUUAAUAAUUUUCUCAAUGAUUGCCUUAAAAAUGAUGAUCAAAUUAUGACAAGUACGUUCUCUGGAGGAAACCACCAUGGUUCUGUUGAAGCUCUGAAGCACAUGCUGUUCAACCUGCAAACAUUUCAACAAACCUUAAAUCAGUGCAAAACCACAGCCCAGGUGGAUGACUUUGAAAAAAUUUCUAAAGAAGCUGAUUCUCAUUUGUUGGAUUUUGAUCAAGAAAUGUCUCCUGUUAAUAGAUCUCUACAAAAGGCUUUACUUCAUUUAUCAAGGCUUAAAGAGCUCGUGGGGGACAGCAGCAUUAAACCAGAGCUGGAUAAAGAAAAGAAACAAGAAGUAUAAAACACUUUUAUAUGUGGAUAUUAAACAUUGUAAUUUAUUAAAAUUGUAUAUUGUAAUUUUUGUGUUAUCGAAUUCUCUUUCACUUGGUUAUAUUUUUAUACAAGUACUAAAUAUUAUUUUGUUAACCUUAAAUACAUAAAGGCAAAGAACAUUGACAUAAA